GAGCGCGACUGCGAUCUGCUGACACUCCUCUUGCUGCAACGUGUGAUCCCGUCCGUGGAUGCGCCUACCUUGCCGACGGCCAUGACCUCCGCCGUCGCCAGCAACCCCCUCCCCGCCGCGCCAGCCUCCGUGUCCUCGACGUAUGGCUGUCGUCCCUCGUUCGGCCGUGACGCGGCCGCUGAGGAGGCGCCGGUCGCGUCUUCCUCGCCCGCGCGCCCCGCCGUGGCCACGCCCGCGAUCUCCAAGGACUUCAUCGACUUUGAGUUCAGUUUCGGCGGAUGCACCACCAGCAUGCUCCCUGCGGACGAACUCUUCGCGGAUGGUAAGUUGCUGCCGCUUCAGAAGGAUGCUCCUCCUGCAGCGGCGCCGCCACCUGAGCCGGAGUCAGCCGCAGCGGCGCCACCGCCGCGGUUGUUGGAGACAAUGCCGGCCACUCCGGAGCCGAUGAAGGCGAUCCGUGGAGGUGCCGCGGCUGGUGCCGCCGACCAGUACGUGUUCUCGCCCAAGGCGCCCAGCUGCUCCAGCCGGUGGCGGGAGCUGCUCGGGCUCAAGCGAGCCGCCGCCUCCGCCCAGAGCCCCAAGGCGUCUUCUCCUUCCCCUUCGCCAUCGGCGGCAUUGGCGAAGACUCCGGGGAGGACGAACACAACGAGCUCUUCGGCGGCGAGGUCACUGAAGUUCCUCCUGCAGCGGAGCAACGGCGGGCGCGCCUCCAGCGGCGCCGCGUCGGAUCUCGCGUCGGCGCCGCUCCUCCGCGACAGCUCCGACUCGGAAGCGUCGCUCUCCCUCGCCUCCUCCCGCUUCUCCCACUCCUCCUCCUCCAGCUCCGGCGGCGGGCACGACCACGACGACCUGGUAAACAUCAACCCGCGCUUCUCGCUCGACUCCGCGGCCCCCGACCACAACAACCCGCCCCGCCUCCGCCUCGUGCCGCACCGCCACUCCACCUCCACCUCCACCCGCCGCCCUGGCCCCUCCACCCCACCCCCGCCACCACCUCCCUCGAGCUGCGUCACCGCCGACUCCCCGCGCAUGAACUCGUCCGGCAAGAUCGUGUUCCAGACCACGGGCCUCGAGCGCAGCUGCAGCUCCCCGUGCAGCCUGCACGCGGCGGCGCGGUCGCGGUCCAUGGCCCGCGCCGUCGACCGCUCCUACUCGUCCGGCGUCCGCGUGGCGCCCGUCGUGCUCAACGUGCCGGUCUGCUCGCGCCCGGUCUUCGGCGGCUUCUUCAAGGACAAGACCAAGGAGGCCGCGGCCAACAAGGACUCGGCCGCGGCGGCGGCCCGGUCGUCGGCGCGGGCGUCGUCCACGCUCGGCCGGAAGCCCACGCCGCAGCGCUGGAGCGGCGAGCUGCCCAAGCAUUCUGGGUAAAAUCUGAUCUGCUGGAAACCUCCGUUUGAUGGUUAGCUGUUGCGGCAUUGCCUCGCUCGCCAAGGAGAUCGUGGUUGAAGAAGACGGCGUCGUCCGAGCUCGUUGUGUUGUGCAUGGAAAGGGACUACUACUAGCUAGGGUAGCUAGGGACGCAAUGAUGAUUAACUGAUUUGGUUUGUUCUUUGGGGCGGGGACGACGCUGCUGAGAAGGUCUAAUCGCGCGCCUGACUGUUCUUGUUUUUUCCCCUCCUUGACUGUAAAUUUGGAGUUUUGUUCUUCCCAAUCUUCUUCAGAGUUAGCGCACUUGAUCUGAUUUGGUUGUUACUAA